AAUUGUGUGUUAAUCGAUAUAUCACAUGGUUAAAACGGAUGAAGUCAAUAUCCGGAGUACUUUUUUAAAUAUUGAAAGGUUUUGAAACGAGUAACUCGUAAGGAAUUCGAAGGCUUUAGUCUUGCAUCCACAUGCGCCCGUCGCCGUUCUCAGCAAUGUUCCGGGUAGAUCUGAUUAACAGCGCCAAGUGGGAGAAGCGCUCCGUGCAGCUCAUUUGUGUGGCGGCCUCCACUGCCACCUUCUGCCUGAUCUACCUACUCACUUCCUUCGCCUCCACCGCCAUCCCCAUCUACCACAACCUCCACCGGAAGGAGAAAGUUUUCUGGAACCUAGCAGUUGUCCGUGGCUCCUUUGGCUUUUUCGCGAUGGCUGUAGGCUUCUGGGCUAUAUUUCUGGACACAGAACUAGCGCAUGACGUCGUGUUUGCAAAGACGCCCUUCAGCAACUUUGCCAUGUGUAUCACGGUGGGAUUCUUCGUGUUUGAGUGUUUUAUGGUUUGUUGGUCGGACUUAUACUUCAGGCAGUUCAAUCUGCUGUUGAACCUUCACCACUGGCUGUCGCUGGUCGGCUACUCGUUGGUGCUGUACAGCGGUAGCACUCACUACAUGGGCUGCCGCGGUCUGCUGCUCGAGAUGUCUACGCCAUUCAGCUGCCUGUGCUGGACGUUGCUCAAAGCAGGUAUGACACACACGCUCCUCUGGAAGGCCAAUCAAUUCCUGCUCGUACACACGUUCCACACGCGCUCAAUUGUUGAGUGUUACAUCUGGUACCUCACAUACCAGCACUGGAACCGGAUAUGGGCCGCCAUGCCCACCGAAACCUUCAUCCCGCUCUACGUACAGCUGACACUCGUGACUUUCGUAAUGACGCCAUAUUGGACGUACAAAAAGACUACACAAAUGAUUAAUCCUGUAGACUGGAACUUUGAAGACUCGGUAAAAAACACCUUCAAAAACGGCCAGCUAAAACACGAAUAAUAAUUUUCUUGCCUCUGAUUCGGUUCCGGUGAACUCAUUCACAGUGUUGUGAGAAUAGGUGAGCGAAUCACGUCAUAAUGGUAGUCUUGAAAAACAGCUUAAGAGCCGGCCACAGUGCCAAAGUGGGUGGGGAAGGUCAAACAAUAAAACGUUUAAAAGUUCAUGUUUUAUUUAGUUUCGAGGAACGAUCUUUUUAGGGAGUGAAACAUAUACUUUCGGUGACAUGUUUUGAGAUAGUAAGUAGUUAAACAAAUUCUACAAACGAAGAUUUUAUCAGAUUUUGGAUAAAAAACAUUCACAUUAUUUCGGAAAAGUCAGUCGACAUUAUAAUUUUGUUUUUAUGUCAGAAUGCCCCAUACUACCUAUUCAACAAUGUCCUGAGAGUUCUUGAUAAUAUCUUGUGAAAUAAGAAAGUUAUUCAGAAAAAUAGCUGAUGGAAUUUAUUUCCGGGUUACGAAAGUGCAUAUAUCUUUUUUAAAAUAGCUGCAAUCAACAUAAAGCCCCAAGCCAUGUUGAUUGUGCAGUUUCGAUACAUUUGGCUCAUCAACUUAUUAUUUUUGUAUUAAGACAUUUCCGGAAAAAACCGUAAACGCCUUUUGUUUUGAAAUCUGAUAAAAUAUUCUUUCGUAAAAAAUGCUCAACUCCUAAUUACAGCUUUUCAUUUUGAAACGGAUAUAUGAGUCAUGCUUGUUAAAUAUUGAACCUCAAAACUAAAUAGAAAUUGAUUGUUUUAAACAUUUUAAAGUUUAGUCCUUCAAUCGACUUUUGCAUCGCUGCCUUCUAUUGAUGAUUUAUGUGUCAAAGUGAGAGCAAAUAUGACUUUAGGCUUAUUCCAAGAGUACCAUUAAGGCCAUAAGUCGCUCAUCUGUGGUCCCACUUAUUAGAUAUAAUAUACUGCUCAGGGAAACUGUUUGAAUUGUGUUAUGGUAAUUUUUCAAUUUUAAAGGCUUUGAUUUUAAGUGCAAUAAUCUUUCCUAUGAAAAUUUAGUCAGUUUAUUAAUUUUAUAAAUUGCCAUACUGUCUUUACUUUUUGAAACUGUAUUUUCAUUAAUACGUUUUUUUGAAACUGUAUUUUCAUUCAUACGUACAUCGUUUAUGUUUGAUGUUACUUGGUUAAAACCAUAAA